GCAUGUUCGCCCCUCCAGCGUGUGCUUACAGAACCUUCCUCCGUCGCCAUUCUGGCUCAAGCAUAUCAGCUCAAGCCCAGCAUUCUUUCGCUAUACAGAGGUGGCAGCCUGCCACUCGCCUUCUCCUUCUUUCGGCCUCCUCCCCCGCGCGCGGCGCGCAAGCGCGCGGCGCGAGCCCAGCAUGGCAGCCCGCGGCAUCCUCGACAGCGUCGGCUUCGAGAAGGGUCGGGUUGGGUCCGGCGAGAAAGAGGUUGGGUACCACAUCAGGGAGUCGUCCCUGCGCGGCCUGCUCGGCAGCGUCAUGGUGAUCCUCAUGGUGAUGGCCGCGAUGGUGAUCUUCAUGGUGUACGACAUUCGCCUGGAGAGGAAGAGCUCCCACCGAGACAAGAGGGUGCAGGAACACCACGCCGCCUCGAAGCUCGCCCGGGUGCAGAUGGAGCUCUGGGCGCAGUACCGGGGCGACGUCCAGGAGUCGCGCGAGGCAUCCCGGCUGAUGGCCGCGCUGCAGAACUCCUACACCGACUUCAAGCCUCAGCUCCAGGCCGCGGUGGCCGACGUGGCCAAGGAGACCGGCCUGAACCCUGACAAGGCGGCGGACUUCGCGGACAGGAUAUUGCACGUGGUGGCGGACCUGCAGAACGACAACGUUGCGCACGCCAAGAAGCUCGUCGACCACCUCGUAAAGGAGGGCACGAAGGGGGGGAAGCUCGAGAGGCGCGCGGAGGAGCAUCUCCUGUCGCAGGUUACAGAGGAGGUGGACCACAUCGGCGAGGACAGACGGGCUGGCAUCGCCCAAGAGGUCGAAGACGCCAGCGUCGGCGCGGGCGGCGCGGGGGCCAUGGAGCCGGCCGGCGCCGAUGAACUGGAUCCUCUCAGGGCGGUGCUGCAGGGAUUCUGGAGCGCGUUCGAAGACUACGAGGUCGCGUUCGGCGGGAAGAUCCGCCAGAGCUUCCAGAAUGGCAGCCCCCUGUACAAAGAGCUCGCUGGGCUGCAGCACAAGAUCGCGACCUGGAAGGUCUUCCCGCCCACCGAGCAGGACGUGGUCCGCAAGCUCGACAGCCUCGGCCUGCCCAGGGAGGGCCUGCGAGGAGGGCUGCUGACCGCGAAGGAGGUCGUCGAGGAGCUGGUCAUGGUCCCCGUGGUCCCAAGUGCGGAGCUCGCGGGGCUGCAGGUGAAGUGGAAGGCAGGCAAGAUGGGCUCGGUGCCCGUGCUGCGCAGGCUCUUGGAGCUGCGCAACAAGUCCAUGCUGCCGUCCAGCUGGCUGCAGCAGGGCAUCGGUCAUGCGGCCGAGCAGAAGGUCGAGCAGAGAGGGGGAGGCGCAGAAGGUCGAGCGGGAACGCCUCGACGCCGCGAGCGCCGCUCCGCCGCGCAGCGCGGCCGAGCCUGCGGCGGCCGCGGCGACGCCGGGGCCGGCGCCGGAGCCGG